ACUGGUGGGCCAAUCAUGACUGUGUUGCUACCUAGUUUGCUAACCUCAAGUGAUGUAUUGCAGCCCACCAAAAAGACCAAGACCAGGAAGCUCCGAGGGCACGUAAGCCACGGACAUGGUCGUAUCGGCAAGCACAGGAAGCAUCCUGGAGGUCGUGGUAAUGCUGGUGGCAUGCAUCACCACAGAAUUAACUUUGACAAAUACCACCCGGGCUACUUUGGUAAGGUGGGUAUGAGACACUACCAUCUCAAAAGGAACACGGUGCACUGCCCAACUGUCAACCUCGACAAGCUGUGGACGCUGGUGAGCGAGCAGACCAGGCUCAACUACGCCAAGAAGCCUGAGGGCCCCGCUCCCAUCAUUGAUGCUGUGCGCGCUGGCUACUUCAAAGUGCUGGGCAAAGGCAAGCUGCCCAAGCAGCCUGUGAUCGUCAAGGCAAAGUUCUUCAGCCGACGGGCGGAAGAGAAGAUCAAAGCAGUGGGAGGAGCCUGUGUGCUGAUGGCAUAAGCUCCUGUCAGUGUUUUUCGAAUAAACUGUAUAAAUGGGA